GAACCAUCGCAAACGUUCAGCCGUUUCCACACGGAACUGUUUUUGUGUGUGUGAUGCAUUAACGCCGCGCUCACAGUCACUACAUGCGAAUUAUGAUCGGUCCCAAAUCUUCAGACACUCAUCGAUUAUUGGAUAUUUACAGUAUUUCGGUUACUUUCUAGACGAUGAAUUUCUUCCGCAACCGUCUGGUGGUUUUGGGGCUGGUGUUGUUGGCCACAGUGCUGCUGUAUCUGCUGCUGCCCUCCAUGCGGCAGGGGAGCAUGGAGCCGUCUCUGGAGGUGCAGCAGCGGAUGGGGAUGAUCGCCGCCUCUCCUCCGCCUCCGCCGCCGCCGAACAGCGUCAACAUCACGGUCAGGACCGGACAGCUGCCCGGUGACCCGCCGCUCUUCUUCAGGGAGGCUCUGCCUGUGGACAGCGCUGGGCGACAGAUCGUGCCCAGGCUGCAGUUGGUGCUUCUUCAUGGUCAGGCCUUCACCUCUAAAACUUGGGAGGAGUUGGGCACCCUCAGCCUGCUGGCUUCCAAUGGAUACCAGGCCCUCGCUCUCGAUCUGCCCGGUUUUGGGAAUUCUCCAGACUCAGAGUCGGUAAAGUCGGAUCAGAGUCGCGUGGACCUGCUGAAGCGUUUUCUGGAGUCUCUGGGGGUGCGAGCACCAGUGUUACUGAGCCCAUCUAUGAGCGGUCAUUACGCCCUGCCGUUCCUCCAGAAACACAGUGCCCAGCUACAUGGCUUUGUUCCCAUCGCCCCCGUUGGCACACGUGGCAUCACCCCACAGCAGUACCGCGACAUCCAGACUCCUACUCUGGUCAUAUAUGGAGAGUUAGACACCAAUCUGGGCGCCCAAUCCCAUAAGAACCUGAUUCAACUGCCUCAUCACACCGUGGUGAAGUUGGCAGGAGCGCGACACGCCUGUUACAUGGACAAACCCCGCGAGUUCCACCGUGCUCUGCUCGACUUCCUCAGCAAACUCGAAUGAGGGACGGAGAGAGUGAGAACGGAUCAAACAAACAUGUGAAAAAGACUUUAGGAGAGACUGGGUGAAGAAAAAGACAAGAAAAUGAUGACCAGGACUGCAGUGUAGCUGUAAAACCAGUCCUGAAAUGUCACAAACACCUGAGCGUUCUGUCGGCCAUCCACAUCUGCUCACUCCUUAUAAUUCCCCUGCGUGCUCCAUCAAGAGAUGAGAUGAUAUAAUACAUCACACAAACAGAACCUCAGCAGAGUUACUAUAGUAACGCUUCUUUUGUAAACAUCCUUUCAUCAGUUUUGACACUUUUGCAUGUAAUGGCCCGUUACAUUGUUACAUUUUCCAGCCUGAAGGUUGUUCUGUAAUGCUGUUCCCAGGAUUUCCAGACUGAGGAAUUUCCCUGUAAUAACACAGUAGCCAUGGUUUCAGGCUGAGAGUUAUUCGUAACACUGGUGCCAUGGUAUCCUUUUUGAGAGUUAUUCCGUAAUACUGUUGCCAUG